AUUUCAACAAUAGACCAAGCGACCGACCAGACGGCCGCAGAUUCUCAUUUUUUUUUCCAAAUUUCAGUCCAUAUCUAAAUUUUUGUACCUAAAUCUUUUUGAUUUUACAGUUUUUUGUUGUAUUUAUUUUGUGAAAAGAUCUAUCAAAAUUACCAGUUUUUAUCAUGCAGAGGGAGUGCAUAUCGGUGCACGUGGGCCAGGCCGGCGUGCAGAUGGGCGUGGCGUGCUGGCAGCUGUACUGCCUCGAGCACGGCAUCAAGCCGGACGGCACGCUGCCGUCGUGCGAGACGGACCCAAACGCGGCGGACUCGUGCUUCAACACGUUCUUCUCAGAGGCUGAUAGGGGCAAGAUGGUACCACGGGUCGUGAUGGUGGAUUUAGAGGCUACUGUUAUUGAUGAGGUCCGUCAAGGCGAAUACCGUCAGCUGUACCAUCCCGAGCAGCUAAUCACGGGCAAAGAGGACGCGGCGAAUAACUACGCGCGCGGGCAUUACUCGACCGGCCGCGAGGUGCUGGGGCCAGUGAUGGAGCGCGUUAGAAAACUGGCUGACCAGUGCACUGGACUGCAGGGUUUCUUCGUGUUCCAUUCGUUUGGCGGCGGCACUGGGUCCGGAUUCACGUCAUUGCUAAUGGAGAAACUGUCUGACGAGUUCGGUAAGAAGAGUAAACUGGAGUUCGCUAUAUAUCCUGCACCACAAGUAUCGACAGCGGUAGUGGAGCCUUACAACGCGGUCCUGACGACGCACGCAACCAUCGGACACUCGGACUGCGCCUUCAUGGUGGACAACGAGGCCAUAUACGACAUCUGCAGGCGGCGGCUCUCCAUCGAGCGGCCCUCGUACGCUAACCUCAACAGGCUCAUCUCACAAGUGGUGUCGUCAAUAACGGCGUCGCUGCGGUUCGACGGCGCGCUGAACGUGGACCUGACGGAGUUCCAGACGAACCUCGUGCCCUACCCCAGGAUACACUUCCCUCUCGCCGCGUACGCACCAGUCGUAUCCGCAGACAAGGCAUAUCACGAGGGCAUGUCGGUAUCGGAGAUCACGGCGGAGCUGUUCGAGCCGCAGAACCAGAUGGUGAAGUGCGACCCGCGCGACGGCAAGUACAUGGCGUGCUGCCUGCUGUACCGCGGCGACGUCGUGCCCAAGGACGUGAACGCGGCCAUCGCGGCCAUGAAGGGACGCGCCGGCAUACGGUUCGUCGACUGGUGUCCCACUGGGUUUAAGGUGGGCAUAAACUACCAGCCGCCAUCGGUAGUGGCGGACGGUGACCUGGCGCAGGUGAAGCGCGCCGCGUCCAUGCUGAGCAACACCACCGCCAUCGCAGAGGCGUGGGGCAAGCUCGACCACAAGUUCGACCUCAUGUACUCCAAGAGGGCGUUUGUGCACUGGUACGUCGGUGAAGGCAUGGAAGAGGGAGAGUUCUCAGAAGCGAGGGAGGACCUAGCGGCGCUCGAGAGGGACUACGACGAAGUGGCCAUCGAGACGUCGGACAUGCAGCCCGGCUGCGAUGACGAACAGUGACGUCAUAUGGCUAUGACGUCAUCGCCCUCACACCCGCACUCCAUCGCGCCGACACCAGAGGUGAAAGCAUCGAUGCCGGAGCUAUGCGUGACUUGAUGGCAUGGCUUUAAGAUUACAGAUGGUUUUUUUUUCGAAGCAGUUUUAUAACCUUACUUAUUUGAAGGAUGGCAGAAUCACAUGAAACAGUAGCAAUUGCAAGAAAAGUUGAAGACACUAGUUUGACUGAAAUAAUUUAUAUUGUAGAAGGUCCGUGCCGUGUCGCAGUGUCACGCGGCGCUACUCGGUGGCUGCGCAGCGUCGCCGCCGCAGCGGACGCCCCUAAAUCGCGGCCGCAUUGAUAAUAUUAUUUAUGGCAGAACUGCAAAAUUUAUUUAAAGGUUUGAAAAUGUCCGCUGAGGUCGGAUGAUGCUCGAGUUGCAACGAUCGUUAUUAUACCCAACGUCUAGAACGAUGGUGAAUGCUAAUUUUGGUCCUUCGAGCCUAUCUUAUGGACUUGUUCACAUUACUUUUUAUAUCUUAUUUUAGAAACCAGUUUUGUUAAUAUUAUUUAUCUGAUUUUUUAAAGUAUUUGAGACUAUCCGUGUUGCCUCCUUCAUUACAAUAAUCGUGAAUCUCUUCCUCUAGUGGUCUUGCGAUGUCGUUUUUUUAGUUCUAUUUGGAAGUUUUUUGAAAUUUUUAUAGCAAAUAUUGGAUGAAGAGAUGACGAAUGGAUAUUUUUUUCCAGUUUUUACAGUAAUUUUUGUCAAGUAUCAAUGUCUAGUCGCGUUGAGUGCGGUGCGAGGUUAUUUUAAGUGUAAUGUUUUGUCUUUUGUGUUGUAAAAUGUUGAAAAAGUUGCUGUACCCGUCUGUUGUUGUCAAUAAAGUGCCCAGUUUUAA